AUGCAGUGCUACACCGAGCUCGUUCCCCCGACGCUGGUGACCUGCUCCGUGUCGCUUCCCUUCACCUCGGCCAAGACCGAAAACCUCAUCGUCUCCAAGGGCUCGCUGCUUCAGAUCUUCGCCGUCAAGACUGUGUCCACCGAGAUCGACACGUCGCAGAUCCAGGCCAAGUCGUCGAGCAAGGCUGGCGAGACCUAUGACAGGCGCAUCAACGACGACGAUGGUCUCGAAUCCGCUUUCCUCGGGGGCGAUGGCAUGCUCAUGCGCGCCGACCGCACAACCAACACACGUCUCGUUCUCGUUGCCGAAUACCCUGUCCACGGCGUCAUCGCAGGCCUGGCGCGCGUCAAGAUCCAGAGCUCCAGGUCAGGCGGCGAGGCUCUGCUCGUCCACAGUCGCACGGCGCGGUUGAGUCUCCUGCAGUGGGACCCCGAGAAGCACGGCGUCGAGGACGUUUCCAUUCACUUUUACGAGAAGGAGGAGUGGCAGGGUGGACGGCCGCGGCCGGAAGAGGAGCCGCCAGCAGCUGCGGCCGUCAAUGGAACUAGCAGCAGCAGCAGCAGCGUAGCACCUGUACCAUACACUCCCUCCUUCGUCCUCGCGCUGCCCCAGCUUGAUCCUGAGAUCCUUCACCCUGUGCACUUCGCCUUCUUGCAUGAGUACCGCGAGCCCACCCUCGGCAUCAUCUCCUCCAGCAACCGCCGCCUCAAGAUGGAACCCCAAAUGGACCACUUUACCUUCAAGGUCUUUACCGUCGACCUCCUCCAGAAGGCCUCGACCGCCAUCCUCACCGUCUCGAACCUGCCGCAGUCAUUGAAGAAGGUCGUCGCUCUGUCGAAGCCCAUGGGGGGCGCCCUCCUCAUCGGCGAGAACGAGCUGAUCCACAUCGAUCAGGCCGGCAAGGCGCACGGCGUCGCCGUCAAUCCGUACGCCGCCAAGAUGACCAAGUUCCCCCUGGCAGACCAGUCCGAGCUCAAACUGCGACUGGAGCACUGCGAGGUCGAGCUCAUGUCGCCUGACAACGGCGAGAUGCUGCUCGUGACGCGGCACGGCGAGAUGGCCGUCGUCACCUUCAAGAUGGAUGGCCGCAGCGUCUCCGGCGUCAGCGUCAAGGUCGUCGCCACGGAAAAUGGAGGCGACAUCCUUCCCUUCCGGGCCGCGUGUCUGACCAAGGUCAGCAAGAACAGUAUGUUCUACGGCACGAUCGGGGGUGACUCUCAAGUGAUCGGCUGGAGCAGGCAACAUGUGCAAACGGCACGGAAGAAGGCGCGUCUGUUGGAUGAGUCACUCGACUAUGACCUCGACGAAGAUGAACUGGACGACGACGACGACGACGACCUGUACGGCGAAGGCACGGUGGCCCCUCAACCUUCGGCUGCCGCUGGAUCGGCCAAGGGCGGAGACGUGGUAUUUCGCGUUCACGAUUCGCUGCUCAGCCUGUCCCCCAUCAUGGACAUGGCAUAUGGCAAGACGGCCUUCUUCCCCGGCAGCGAGGAGGCAAAGAACUCAGAAGGCGUACGGUCCGAGCUCGACCUCGUUUGUGCCGUCGGACGGCAUCGCGGGGGUUCCCUUGCUCUCAUCAACCAGCACAUUCAGCCCAGGGUCAUCGGACGCUUUGAGUUUCCGGAAGCUCGUGGCUUUUGGACGACGCGCGUGCAGAAGACGAUUGCCAAGUCACUCCAGGGGGAGAAGGGGGCCAAUCUGGCCGUCGGCAACGACUACGGAUCUGUGACGCAGUAUGAUAAAUUUAUGAUUGUGGCCAAGGUCGACUUGGACGGCUACGAAACGUCCGACGUCUAUGCACUCACGGGUGCAGGCUUUGAGGCUCUGUCUGGCACCGAGUUCGACCCCGCCGCUGGACUGACGAUCGAGGCCGGAACGAUGGGCAACGAUAUGAGGAUCAUUCAGGUGCUCCGUUCUGAAGUCCGUUGUUACGACGGAGAUCUUGGUCUCAGCCAGAUACUUCCCAUGCUGGACGAGGAGACGGGCGCCGAACCGCGCGUUAUUAGCGCUAGCAUCGUAGACCCAUACCUUUUGCUUCUGCGCGAGGACUCGAGCAUUCUUGUCGCCCAGAUCACGAAUCACAACGAGCUGGAGGAGCUUGACAAGGAGGACGAAACAAUCGUCUCCACCAAGUGCUCAGCGGGUGUCUCUACAAGGAUUCGCACGGCCUCUUUGCACCCGUGCAGACCGGACAAAGGGGGACGUCGACCCAGCGAGAGCGUCUUUCAAUGUUCUUUGCUCAACGCGACAGGCGAACUCCAUGUUUACGCACUGCCCGACCUCUCAAAGCCCAUAUAUGUCGCCGCCGGGCUUUCUUACAUCCCAUCCCUUCUUUCCGCAGACUACGCCGUCCGCCGAGGCACCAGUCCUGAGACUCUGACCGAGAUUCUGGUUGCUGACCUCGGAGACUCUACCAGUGCAUCCGCACACCUGAUUCUACGACAUGCCAAUGAUGACAUGACAAUAUACGAGCCGUUCCGGAUCGGCGGUCAAGAGGAAAGGAAAGGCUUGGCCACGUCUCUAUUCUUCAAAAAGGUGUCCAAUUCACACCUCGCCAAGAGCCCGGUCGAGGCUGCUGAGGAUGAGGCCGUCCAGGAGAACCGUGUGAUUCCUCUACGAGCUUGUGACAAUAUCGGUGGUUACAGCACCGUCUUUGUCCCGGGAGCAUCCCCAUCCUUCAUCCUCAAAUCUAGCAAGAGCACACCCAAGGUCAUCGGCCUUCAAGGCCUCGGCGUCAACGGCAUGAGCUCCUUCCACACGGAGGGCUGCGAGCGCGGAUUCAUCUACGCCGACUCCAAAGGCUGUGCUCGCGUUACGCAAUUUCCUGAUGCCGCCAACGUGGCCGAGCUUGGCGUGGAUGAUGACUACCACAAGGAGUGGGCCAAGGAGGAAUGUCCAAUGCCGCCUAUGAAGGAGCACGGCAGCAUCAAGCUGUACUCGCCAAUUACCUGGAACGUCAUUGACGAGUUUGAGCUGGAGCAGUACGAGGUCGCCAUGUGCAUGAAGACGUUGCUUCUCGAAGUGUCGGAAGAGACGAAGGAGCGGCGCAUGCUCUUCGCCGUGGGCACCGCCAUCCUCCGCGGAGAGGACCUGCCGGUCCGCGGCCGCAUUCUCGUCUUCGACGUCGUCCAUGUCAUCCCACAGCCAGACCGACCCGAGACGGACCGCAAGCUAAAGCUCAUCGCCAAGGAGGAGAUCCCGCGCGGCGCCGUCACCUCGCUCUGCGAGAAGUGCAUGGUCCGGGGUCUCAGGAGAUGGCACGCUGCUGCCGUGGCCCUUCCCGAUUUGAGCACCUACGUGGUCGCCGUACACGAGCUGCGCAAUACGGGCUACUGCCUCAUGGCAGACGCCAACAUGGGCGUGUGGUUCGUGGGAUACUCGGAGGAGCCCUACCGGAUGACGCUCUUUGGCAAGAGCGGCACGCAGCUCAAGUGCCUGACGGCUGACUUCCUCGUUGCCGGCAACGACCUGAGCAUCGUGGCGUCUGACGAGGACGGCGUGCUGCAUAUCCUGCAGUUCGAUCCUGAACACCCCCGAUCUCUCCAGGGCCACCUCCUUCUGAACCGUGCCUCCUUCUCGGUGGCCCCGAACCACGCGUGGGUCACCCUCGCCCUCCCUCGAACAACGACCCGUCCCUACCUACCUCAAUCGGAGCCGGCCACCAACGCCGCCGGGUCCCAGAACCGCACGCAGACGCUCCUCCUCGCCUCGGCCUCCGGCGCCAUCGCCUCUCUGAAUCCGAUCACCGAGCACGCCUACCGCCGCCUGACCUCGCUGACGACGUCCCUCGCCAACGCCCUACCGCACGCCGCCGGGAUGAACCCCAAGGCUCACAGGCUGCCGCCCCAAGACGGCGCCGCGCGCCCGCCGGCCGUCGACGUCUCAGCCGGCAGGACCAUCGUCGACGGCGCGUUGCUGGCGCGGUGGAACGAGCUCGGCGCGCGGCAGAGGGCUGAGGCCGCCGGCAAGGGCGGCUUCGCUUCGGCCGCCGACGUCAGGGGGGAACUCGAGGACGUGCUCGGCUGGAGGGGAGUGGACUAUUUCUAA